CUGUAACCCACAUCUUCAUUGACCCGCCGUUUUUUCUUAAAGGCCGCCGAACCUGGAGAUUUACCUUCAUUAUUUCUUUUUCACGACAAACAAUAUUUGAUUCCAGUAGCAGCUGCAGAAGAUGGAGUACCACUCCGUCCCUUUGGAGGAACGCGCCAAAGAUGACAAGGGCAAUACUUUACCAUGGGGAUAUGUUUACAAAGACGAAGCUCGCAACCCACGACGGCCGCCCGAAGAGACUGGACCCUUCGGCAAGCGAAGGAACGCCCGCUACGAGCAGUCUCGAUCCCGCACUCGCACUGGCACGCCGGCAAAGAAAGAGAACCAAAACGUAGCUGAAUUCAGCCGGCUCUUCGCGCAACAGCAGGAGCAAGAAAAGUCACGGAAUGCACUGCCGAAAUCCGCCUCGUCAGCGAACCUCGACAAUGCUAGGAAACAGACAGAGAAGGUAGCCACUGAAUGCAUUCUAUACGGAUACCGGAAUAAGGACAGUGAGUGGAAGGUGAUUGAUAAGUACGAGCGGGUCUCGCGCGGCAUGAUCUGUGAAGACUACCCAAGGAUCGACCCCAAAACCAACGUCGGCUACUCUCAGCUCCUCAGCGGUGGUGAUGUGGUGAUCCGCGCAAAUCUCUCUGCGGACGCAAACCGCAAAUCCAAACGAUACGCGGGUGGUUUUCACUGGAUCAAGGUUACCUUUGACUCGACGGAGGCCGCAGACCGCGCGGUCUUUUACUCGCCGCAGGAAAUCGACGGGCACUUGGUCUUCUGUGAGAUUUAUCAUGGCCAAGGACCAGCAGAAGACGUCCCGAUUCCGGUGGGCUCGACACAAGCGAACCGCUUCAUGUCAAGCAACAAGCGCACACUGAGCACAUCGCAUUCGACGGCUUUCCUUCAGAACAAGGACAAGGGUCGUCCCUCUCGCGCAACAACUCUCCCGCGCUCCUUCGCCGUCAACAAUCUCGCCAGCAUUGCCGACGAAGAGGACUUCUCCUUCUCCCAAGACACCACGAGCACCGCCAGCUCCGCAACAGCCACAGGCAUUGAACAGUCUCUCCCAUCCACAGCUUCCACCAGCACAGCGACUGCUACCCUUCAUCAGCGCCACACACCCCAGGAAGCCACGGCCGCACCAGUCUCCGAAUUCAUGACACACGUGCCUACAGUGCGCCGCACGAAACUGCGGCCUAUCUCCGAAGCACUCCCGCCCGCGCCGACAGUCACGGAGCGCGUCCUUCGCUCAAUCCCGAUACUGAGCUGGUUCACUGGCGACAUUGUUGGUGAUGGGCCACAGCUCCGCGAGGACGGGACAUUCGAUUACGAUAAAUCGAAUGUUUACUGGAGGUUUUGGUACAUGAUUGACAUGGUUCUGGGGACUGAUAUCUGUGGGUUGAGGGAGGAGUCGUAG